AUGCGACCAGAAACUGUAUUAAUAUUUCUCCUAGGUUUAAGUUUGGUAUCGUCAUCUCCAACGCCGAAUCAAGUGAAUCGUAUUGUAAACGGAGAAAAAACUGACAUAAAGGAUGUUCCUUAUCAGGCUAUAUUACAAAAGAUGACGAAUUUAGGCUGGUCCUUCACGUGUGGGGGUGCAGUCAUUACCACCAGAUUCGUACUAACAGCAGCGCAUUGCGUUAGACCAUAUGUAAAAGAUCCGGAGGCAAUUAGAGUGAUCGUUGGUAGUUCUAUGCGUAAUUCUGGAGGAACUGCCUUCGAUGUCCUGAAACUCAUUAAUCACCACAGCUACUCACCAUUGACACUUGAACAUGAUAUAUCCAUGAUAAAAACCAAAACUAGUAUGAAUUUCGAUGUCAAUCUUAAAGCAGUGGAUAUUCCUACACCUAAUUUCAACCUCCCAGAUGGGUCCAAUGUUUUGGUAUCUGGAUACGGGUUGGUGAAUUACGAUGGUAUGCCGUCAGCGUAUCUUCGCGCUGCAUAUGUGAACGUGGUACCUCAAGAGUUGUGUAGGAUAGCGUAUAGAGAUAUAAUUAUUAUAACUGAUGGCAUGUUAUGUGCGGGUGCCGACAAUCCACCCAGAGAUGCUUGUCAAGGAGACUCCGGUGGACCACUAGUGUAUGAAAACACCAUCGUUGGAAUAGUGUCCUUUGGAGAAGAAUGCGCCAAUAUAACUUACCCGGGAGUUUACACUCGCAGCGUCGAGCGCCUAAACCCACCAAUAACUAUGUGUAAUGCUAUAGUCCCGGCCUAUUACCUGGCAAUUUCACAGAACAAUCUACAUCGGAUCACAUCCACGGCACACGGCCGUCACACACACGUCUCUGUAGCGACAGAGACAACACUCGCCCCGAUUUGUUUACACAGUGUAGCUUUCCCUUUCCGCUGCGUGUGUGUGUGUGAGCAUCUGGCUGGUGUGCGUCUGUGUGCGUGUCGCCCCCACAUCCGUACACCCCGUUUCGGGGUAGCGCUGUCGAUGAAUGUCGGAGAAAAGCAGAUGGCCUUGACACCACAAUAUUUGGUGCGCUCAGCUAAACAACCCCGUACAGUCGGCAGCACAGCGCUGACACCAAACCUGUUGUCGCUAUACCGACUACGUGCGUUACUGAACUUUCACAAGCCGGGUCGCCCACCGUACACCGAUCCACGGUCUCCUACAGAUGUAUCAUGUACGUAUGAAAGUCCACUGUGA